AUGGCCAUCGGGCAAGUCGUCAAGGGCCCUGCCAUCGACGAGGAAGCUCGGGCAGAGGUCGACGUGCUUAAUUCCCAUCUAGAGAAGACGACGCAACUGACUAAGAAGAUUCAAGCAAGUUUGGGUCGCUUAGAGACAUCUGGCCAGAGCGUGCGUGACGUUGCUGGGCCAUUGAAUGGUGAAACCAGAAGGAUCCAGACUCUUGGCCACAAUAUCGAUUCGAUACUUUCAGCCAUCGAUCGGCUUCGUCAGCCAGCCGAUAGUAAAGGCGAUGAAGAACAAACAAUCCGGUCUGGCCCAGACAGGGCUGGGCUACCGAAUUUCUUAGCAUCCAUGAAACGACUCAACAAAUCAUACAACGACAUGCAGAUAUCUAAUCUUCGUGCCAACCAGCGCACUAUGGCCGAUCUAGGACGGCUUAUCCAAUCCGGUAACAGUCAACUCGAAGGCUAUUUUGAUCACUUGCUCCGUUCCGAUACACCUCGUACCGUUGAGCCCCUUCACUACAUUACGAAAGACAAACCUUUCCCUGUCUUUUCACAGGACAUGAUCGCCCGCCUUGGCCUUGUGUGCUCCUACAUUUUGGCCAAUCAACACGGAAAUGACAUUGAAUCUCCUGUCACGAGGAUUUACGCCGAAAUUCGUGGACCAUACAUCUCGGCAUCGUUGGCCAACUUAGCAGCAGCUAGUGUGAAUACAGCGAAGAAGAAGAACGCGAGCGCUGUUUACCGGGCAGGAACAAAUGGAAUCGGUACAUACGCGCAAGCAAUGGAGGGCAUGUUUGUUUCCGAAUAUGACAACAUAUGCAGCAUCUUUCCUCGGAACAACUGGGCCUCAAUCUUCCAGGUUACCUGCCAGGCAGCUUUAAAUGAGCUAGCAAGGACUCUACGCGAGCUUAACUCUCAUAUCAAGGCCCAUCUCGCAACAGACUGCAACCUUGCCUACGAGAUAACAGAGAUACUUGGUGGCUUGACUGACCGGCUUGAGGCUCGGACCGGGGAGCUGAAGAGUUCCUUGACAGCUUCAUUGAAACCGGUACGGGAAACAGCAAAGUCCUCGUUGUCGGAAUUAAUGGAUGAAACGAGACGAAAGGUCAAUGCUUUACAGACAUUGCCCUCUGAUGGUGCACCAACUCCUAUCGUCUCGGAAUCCAUGCGACGUUUGCAAUCGAUGGUGGAGUUCCUGCAACCAAUAUCAAGUAUCAUGGUAUCGCUCGGCGAUGGUGGUUGGAAGUCGGGAGCCAGUGCAGGUAGUCGAGCCGGAGACGGCGUUCCCAGUCUUGCGUCAUUUGAUUUUGCUGCGGACGGGAAGGACAUAUUUGCCCACUAUUGUCUCGAUACAGUCGAUGUGCUGCUAUCUACUCUUGAACAGAAGGCACGAAUCCUCCUCAAGGGGAAAUCGGUAGUCGGUGUCUUCCUUGCCAAUAGUGUCAUCAUCAUUGAGCGUAUGAUUAUGGACUCUGACCUGUCGUCCUUGCUCUCUGCUCGGCUUGACCAGCUCGACCAAUGGCGGAAAAAAUCAACGGCACUGUACACAGAUAUUUGCAAAGACUUGUCGAUACACUUGUUUGACACUAUACAUACAAAUCGCACUCAUAGACCGACAUCCGGGCCUUCCGACUCAGCGUCAGUUGUGAAGGGCCUGAGCAGCAAGGACAAGGACAAAAUCAAAGAAAAAUUCACACAGUUUAAUAAUGCGUUUGAGGAUAUGGUUUCUCGCCAUAAAUCAUACAGCAUGGAGCGUGAGGUUCGUGCCAUGUUUGGGGAAGACAUCCGCCAGAAACUGCAGCCACUCUAUGAGCGAUUUUGGGACCGGUAUCAUGAGAUCGACAAGGGCAAGGGCAAGUAUGUCAAGUACGAUAAGUCAUCUAUGGCAGCCGUCUUCCUUAGCCUGGCAUCUUAA